CGCUUCCUCGCUCGCUCUCUCUCGCGCCUAUUUGGGAUUUCAUCUGGAAAAACCCUAGACAGCGAGGUGCAAGAGAGAGAACCGAAGAAUCGUCGAUCGGACUCUGAGUUCAUCGCCAUUUUCUUCGAGAAGAUUCUAGGUUUUGUUUCCCUGAGAGCGGUGGGCAAUGGCGACAUUAGUGGCUCAGCAAGUUCCAGUUGCAACUUGUACUCCAGAUAUUGUUGGAAAUGCAUUUGUUCAUCAGUAUUACCACAUAUUGCAUCAGUCUCCUGAGCAUGUUCACAGAUUUUAUCAGGAUAUUAGCAAGUUAGGUCGGCCUGAAGAGAAUGGUAUAAUGAGCAUCACAUCGACAUUACAAGGUAUUGACAAGAAGAUUUUGUCACUUGCGUAUGGAGUAAUCGGCGCAGAGAUAACAUCGGUGGACACUCAAGAAUCUUACAGUGGAGGGGUUCUUGUACUGGUGACUGGGUACCUGACGGGGAAGGACAAUGUCAGGAGGAAGUUUACACAAACUUUCUUCCUUGCUCCACAGGAGAAUGGCUAUUUCGUCUUGAAUGAUAUGUUCCGAUAUGUUGAUGAGGCCCCGAUUUCACUUGGAAAUCAGAUUCCUGCCAAUGACAUCCAAGCUGCUUCUAACCCAUACCCGGAUCCAUCUGUUGUUCGAGACAUUCAAGAUAAUCAUGUUCAGGAGAAAGAUUUGGGAGGUAAUCUUGCUGUCGAGCAACAGGAUGUGUUGUCAAAUGGUAUUGAUAAUGGGCCCGAGGUUUUCAAUCCAUCAGAGGUUGGGCAUGCAUCAACUGUGGAAGACGUUCCAGAGCCUGAAAUAGUUCAUGAAGUUCCUAACGAUCUGCAGAAGGCUGUGGAACCCGAUUCUAGGACUGAAGAUGCACCAAAGAGAUCGUACGCAUCCAUCGUGAAGGUUAUGAAAGAGAAUGCUGCACCAAUUUCUCCUUCUGGACCCCCAACAAAGGUGGAGCCAAAGAAGCAAGAACAGCAAGCCACUCCUGCUCCUCCUCCUCAGGCACCACUAUCCGGAAAACCAGAUCCAGUAGCGAAUGCCGCUGCAAAUGGGAAUGAUCAAGAUGUUGAUGUAGGUCCAUCCAUUUACGUAAAGGGCUUACCGCUUGAUGCAACACCAGCCUUGCUUGAGAAUGAGUUCAAGAGGUUUGGAGUUAUUAGGGACAAUGGAAUUCAAGUGAGAAGCCAAAAGGGUUUCUGUUUUGGUUUCGUGGAGUUUGAGUCCGCAAAUUCCGUGCAAAGUGCAAUAGAGGCAUCACCCAUCAUGCUCAAUGGCCAUAGUGUAGUUGUUGAAGAGAAGAGAUCAACUUCAAGAGGGAACGGAAGGGGACGCCAGUCCAAUGGUGCAGGUUCGGGGGCAAGGAGUCGGGGGAGCUAUGGAGGAGGUGGAAGAGGUUAUGGACGGGGCAGUGACUUUAACCGGAGAUCUGAAUAUGGGAGCAGGGGAAACAAUAGGGGAGGUUAUGGAGAUAACAGUAAACGUGGUGGGAAUGACGGGUUUCAAAGGGGUAACAGCGGUGGUGGGCGUACAAGGCGUGGAGGCGGGCUAGAUAACGUUAAUGGGGUGACAAAAUCCGUUGCUCCUCGGGUGACCGCGGCUGCUUAAGAGGUUUGUGGCUUCUGUAAGUGGUAAGAUUAUUUCUUAGAAAGAUUAGGAGGGGGUCUAGUAAUAGAAAGAACUAUUUUUCUUCUUUAAGGUUUGGGUCAGUCCCCAAGUCCAUAUUGGGUUUUAAUCUGUUUUUUUUAGACUUAAUGGAACAGUUUUUCCUUUAAUUGAGUACCAUAUUUUUUUUAAAUGUUGGGUUAUCUAUAUUUAUACUUUUCCGAAUAAAGGAAAUUUUCAUGGCGUC